GACAGUUUGACCUUCAAGUGCUCGGCAACCUUGGUCGUUGCCUCUUUACGACCAUACUACCUACUUCUCCAGAUUGUGUUAGUGUUAGAAUGUCAGAUGUUCCAUUAGAUGCCCCAUCUCCCUGCCCUGGUACACAAAGUGAUCUAGCCGGGAAAGCCUCAGCAUGUGAAGGUUGCCCUAAUCAAUCUUUGUGUUCAAGUGGACAAGCCAGACUUCCUCUUUCUCAACGUGAACCAGAUACAAUUCUCUCUAUAAAACGACGUCUUGGUUCAAUUCGCCACAGAAUUAUUAUUCUAUCUGGCAAGGGUGGAGUUGGAAAAAGUAGUCUUUCAGUUUGUCUAGCUAGGGGACUAAGCAGGCGUGGACGCAGUCAAGCGAAUGGUUCCAAUGAAACUUAUCGUAUUGGACUACUUGAUCUUGAUUUUUGCGGCCCUUCCAUUCCAUGUAUGUUCGGUUGCAUGGAUGAAAAGGUACACCAAAGCCAAUCUGGUUGGUCUCCUGUCUUUGUGACAGAAAAUCUUUGUUUGAUGUCUAUGGGCUUUUUGCUGCCUAGUCCUGACCACCCAGUCAUAUGGCGUGGCCCUCGCAAAAACACGUUGAUUCGCCAGUUCCUCACUGACGUCGCAUGGACCGAAGAAGAAAGUAAUCUAGACCAAGGAACUAAUUUGGACUUUUUAAUCAUAGACACUCCUCCAGGGACAUCUGAUGAACAUCUCUCAGUUGUUCAGUAUCUUCAGGCUGCUGAGUGUUUAGACGGGGCGAUAAUUAUCACUACACCUCAGGAAGUAUCUCUGUGUGAUGUAAGAAAGCAAAUUGUAAUGGCUUAUGAGUCGAGAAAUACUAAUGAAGAAUAUAACAAUUGGGCUGUUUGUUUUAUAGAUGAUACAACUCGUCUGUUUUGGCAGGUUACACAUAAGCUUUGA